GCCUGUGAUCAGACUGACGUACUUCUAACAGGCAGGGAAAACACCUUCCAUCCGUCUGCAGCCUCGAGCACAUGAUCUGCACCAACACACUGAAUCACCCUGAGGACCUGUGUGGGGGGAACCCAGAGUCCUGGUCAGUCCUCAGGGGAUCCAACACGUGGUCUGAGGACCUUUGAGAGGACUGGAUAACUCAACACAGAAGGCUGCUUCCUGUUUCCGUCCCGACCAUCAGUCUGAACACAAGACAUCCAAACCAUAAUCACAGCAGCUGCUGAGCAUUCAGACUUCUCACCACACACACUGCAGGUUGAGCUCCUGAUGAUGCCUUCUUCCUCCAACUCCAGCUCUGUAGGAGCUGAGGAGGGGAAGCAGUGCAUCCUCAAUGACCAGAUGGGACCCUUCACCGUCCUCUACAUCCUCAUCUUCAUCAUCAGUCUGCCUGGAAUCCUGCUGUCUCUGUGGACCUUCAUCCGCAGCCCCAGAGCCAAGCAGAGCACCAGCGUUUACCUGGUCAACCUGCUGGUGGCCGACCUGCUGCUGCUGCUCGCUCUGCCCUUCAAGAUCCUGAAGGACCUUGGGGCGGCACCGUGGAGCCUCAUGGUGUUCCACUGCCAGGCCAGCGGCGUCACCAUCUACAUCAGCCUCUACGCAUCCAUCGCCUUUCUGGCCCUCAUCAUCACUGACCGCUACCUGCAGGACUGCCAAACUCUGCGCUCUCUACGGCUCCAGGAGGUCGGCUUCGCCCGGCUGCUGUCGGUGGUCAUCUGGCUGCUGCUGCUGCUCAUCAUGGUGCCCAACAUGGCUCUGCCCAUACAGCAAGUACAGGAGCGGCGGUACCUCAGCUGUUCAUCUCUGAAGAAUGACAUCGGCCUCCACUGGCACGCCCUGACCGUCUUCCUCUGCACAGCGUUGUUCCUCAACGCCUCUGUCGUCGUGCUCCUCUCCAGCGGCCUGGCUCUCAAAAGACUCCUGCGCAGCCGCAAAGACCCCAAACUCUGGGUUGACGCCCAGCAGGCAGCAGUGAGCCUGGCGGCCAUGGUGUUGGCCUAUAUCCUCUGCUUCGUGCCUUACCACGUCGUCAGGACGCCGUACACGUUGGCCCAGACCAAAGUCAUCACGGAUUGCCACACCAAGAGGCAGCUGUUUCUAGGGAAGGAGUCGACGCUGCUGCUGAGCGUGCUCCACCUCUGCUUCGACCCCCUGCUCCUCUACCACCUCCACACACAGUUCAGACAGACGGUUCACAAGAUGUUCCACUGCAGCAGGGAGCAGACAAUCAGCGACACAGAGGAACAGGCUGCGGAGGAAAUGAUGGAACCUGCAACUUCCGUGCAGCAAGAGGACGCCAUCUAACCACAGAUGUUCUGUUCAUAUCUAACCCAGAUAUACACAAGACACAUGGAACAAAGAAUGAUGCAGAAACUGAGACACAGGACAUGUUAACUGUAGCUUAGCACAAAGACUGGGAGCAUAUGGAAACUGCUCGCCUGAUGACACACCUUCAGCAGCUCCACAUGGACAAAAAACUGUUUUUUAAAAGUUCGUUUAUGCACCAAAUCAAUCUCAUGACACCAGGACUCCUGAGAAACCUGAAAUAAUUUGAAUCAAAGACUUUUAAUAAUUAUUUAACUGCAUUUAUGAUCCUUGUUCUGUGUUAAGUUGGUGUUGAGUUUCUGAGAAUCUUUACAUACAGUCCCAAAUUUACAUUGAUUCGUGCUUGCUGAUGCCAUUAAAGUUUCUUUACAUCUGUAA